GUCAGGUUCGCUGCAGAGAUCCUGCUGCCUCGGCUCUCACGAUUAAUCGUGGGGAUGGUGUUGACAGUGAGAGGCGACGGACGGCCAAUUUUACAUGUUUAAGUAGAUGACAGGACGAGGUGUAAUUACAUUCAUUCGGGUCGAGCACAUAUCCCCCGCAACCCUUCCGUCUGUGGGGGAAGACGACACUGUCAGGCCGAGGACAACGUUAACGUUACUGAUGGAAUCCCCGGUUGUUGCUAAACGGAGAAACCGAAAGGGUGGACUCGUUAUAAAUAAUUAAAAAACCCCAUCUGCGGCUAAAAUAUAAGGAAAAUGCAUCUGCAUCAGGUGCUGACGGGAGCUGUAAACCCUGGAGAUUGCUGCUAUUCGGUGGGAAGCGUGAAUGACAUUCCUUUCACGGCCUAUGGCUCCGGUUGUGAUGUGGUGAUCUUGGCUAGUGACUUUGAGUGUGUGCAGAUUAUCCCUGGAGCUCAGAAUGGGAACAUACAGGUGGGCUGUGUGGAGUGUUCCCACCAGCUCGGCAGGAUUGCUGCAUCCUACGGAAACACAGUCUGCAUCUUUGAACCUCUUUCCACCAACCCUAACAAACGCCAUAAGCAGCUUAAUUAUCAAUGGCAAAAGACAGGACAGUUCUUCCUUGAUGCCAUCACCUACAACUUGGCCUGGGACCCACAAGGGAACCGUAUCCUAGCAGCAACUGAGCGGCUCCAGCUGUGGGCUCCUCCGCUGGCAGAUGCCCUGAUAGAGGAGGAGGAUGGGCAGAUGACUGAUGACAAGCCCCACCCUGUCCUCAAUGACUGGAACUGUGUCUGGCAGUGCAAGACUGCUGCAUCCAUUCACAUUGCCAAGUGGUCUCCUGAUGGGGAAUACUUUGCAACAGUUGGGAAGGAUGACUGUUUACUUAAGGUGUGGUAUCCCACCACGGGCUGGCGUUCUGCGGUGGUGGUCCAGGACCCCUCGGAUAAAAAGCCUCUCCCUGUUCACUUCUCCUUUGUUUACCUGGCCCAUCCUCGCUCUGUCACUGGUAUGUCCUGGAGGAAGACCAGCAAGUUCAUGCCCAAGGGUUCAGUGUGCAAUGUGUUGCUGACAUCCUGCGAGGACGGUGUGUGUAGGUUGUGGUCGGAGACCCUGCUACCAGAAGACAGCCUGCUUGGGGGACAGAUCUCUGAGAACACACACUCCUUCAGCUCUAGCCUGCCAGGCCUGGCAGGCAAUAAGGACAAGAUCCAGCAUGCUUUGGAGUCAAUCCACCACCUGAAGCAUCUGCGCCGGGGCCGGCGGCGGUCCUCCGCUCUGGUGGCGCACAGUGAGCUGCUGCCCUCUCAGCUUAGCACACAGGACGCACACACUCACCGCCACAUCGCUCAUCACGCCAAUGCCCUGUGUCACUUCCAUAUCUCAGCCAGUAUUAACCCCAACACAGAUAUCCCAUCAGUGCUGGCUGACUCAGCAGUGUUCAACCCAGACGAUGGCACCGGUGGCGGAGGCUUUGUGGUUCACUGGCUCAACAAUAAGGACCUUAGCUUCACUUCUUCCAUGGACCUCUUUAUGCUGCAGCUCCGUAAGUUCUCUGAACAGCAACUAGACCAGACCGCUGAGGACCCCCUGGAUCCCGAGGGAUCCCCUAUGAAGUUUGACUUUGACCUGGACGACAUGUCUGACAAAGCCUCCUCCGAGCACGGUGAAGAGGGUGAGCCAGGGGAGCAGGGAAGCACCAAGGCAUCCUCCCCAGGAUCCAGCUCCAGUAUGCCUUUGCCCUCCAUGCUGCUGGAGAGGAAGAUGGAGACUCUGAUCACAGAGUGGAACAAGAGCCCAGACAUGCUAUUCACCAUCCACCCAACCGAUGGAUCUUUCCUGGUUUGGCAUGUGAAGUAUUUGGACGAAUUCAAUCAGGGCAUCUUCAGACAGGUUCAGGUCUCCUUCUCUUCCCGUAUUCCAGUGGCAUUUCCUACAGGUGAUGCCAACUCACUGAGUAAAAAUAUCCUGAUGUACGCCUGCACUUUGACUGACGGAGAGAGCGCCGGGGCAGGGGAGCAAGGGAGGAUGGUCCAACGUGUCUCCCACUCUGCUUCGGCCUCGGUUGGCCUGGGUUCACCCACCCUGGCCCCCUCUCCCAACCCUCGCCCUGGUAUCAGUCCUGCUGUCAUGAUGGUGUCCAAGCAUGUUGAUGGAUCUCUCAACCAGUGGGCAGUGACAUUUGCUGAGCGCUCUGCCUUCUCCAACGUACUGACCGUAUCUCACAAGUUCCGGUACUGUGGCCACCGUUUCCAUCUGAAUGACCAAGCCUGCCACACAGUGCUGCCACUACUGCUGACCUCCUCUCACCAUAACGCCCUGCUCACCCCUCCCUCUGCCCCUGGGAGCCUGGAAGGAGAUCAGCCUCCUACCUUUCCUCUACCAAAGGGACUUCCCAGCAGGAAGCAGCUUCGUAAUGCAGCUACAAGGACCUUCCAUGACCCCAACGCCAUCUACAGUGAGCUGAUAUUGUGGAGGGUGGAUCACAUUGGACCGCUGUCCUGCACUGGAGGCGUCUCUGAACUGGCCCGUAUCAACUCCCUGCACACCUCUGCUUUCAGCAAUGUUGCUUGGCUACCAACGCUAAUACCCAGCUCUGUGCUUGGAACUUACUGUAACAGUGCCAGUGCCUGCUUCGUGGCAUCAGAUGGUAAAAACCUGCGUCUCUAUCAAGCUGUGGUGGAUGCCAGAAAACUACUGGACGAGCUGUCAGAUCCUGAAACAUCUAAACUGGUGGGUGAAGUGUUCAACAUUGUCAGCCAGCAGUCCACCGCCAGACCCGGAUGUAUCAUAGAGUUGGACGUCAUCACAAAUCAAUGUGGCGCCAACACCCAGCUGCUGCAUGUCUUCCAAGAGGACUUCAUUCUAGGUUACAAGCCCCAGAAAGAACCACCAGAAGCAUACACACCGGUCUUUCCAUCUGGUGAAGAUUAUCAACCUGCCCCAUUCUCUGAGAAGUUCUUCCUGGUGGUCAUAGAAAAGGAUCUCAAUAGGAACUCAGUCCUACAGAUGUGGCACCUGCACCUCAAGUCUGUGCAGGCCUGUGUUGAUGAGCCGAGCCCAGAUUAUAGCUUCCAGAGCCAGCUAAUGGUUCCCAAUCAAGUUGUGAAUGCCGACUCAUCUCCUGAGACCUCUCCUAUCAGACCCCUGCCCCGGUCAGCCUCUACCGCCAACUUGCAAUCAGCCAGCAAACUCAUCCUCAGCUCCAAACUGGUGUACAGCAAGCGGCUUGACCUGCCCCACGGGGUGGAGGUGACGCGGGCCACCCCCUCUGCAGGUCAUCUAAGUUCCUCCUCUAUCUACCCUGUGUGCCUGGCUCCGUAUCUGAUUGUUACUACCUGCUCUGACUCUCGCGUGCGGUUCUGGCGCUGUGCUGUGGAGGGUGAUGAAGGGUAUAGUGAGGAUGAGCAUGACAACCGGGCGUACCGCUGGGAGCCUUGGGCUCUGAUGAACGAGGAGGAAGACAACAACAGUGCUGUGAAUGUGUCGGGACGGCCUGUAGCUGUGUCCUGCUCCUACAUUGGCAGGCUGGCGGUGGCCUUUAAACAGCCACGACAAGGACAGCUGCAGGGUUCUGGAGAGAACUUCUCUAUGCAUGUGUCCAUCUAUGAGUGUGAGUCCACCGGUGGCUCCGAGUGGGUUUUAGAGCAAACUCUCCACCUGGACGACUUCACCAGACCCUCAUCAACCCUGGAUCCAAGAGUCAGUGUGGACUCCAACCUCUUUGUCUACAGCAGGUCUGACCUGUACAUGAGCAGAGACCACAGCUCCCCCAACAUUAAGCACUAUGUGCAUCUGGACUGGCUGUCAAAGGAGGAUGGAUCUCACAUCCUCACUGUGGGGGUUGGAUCCAACAUUCUCAUGUACGGCCGCAUCUCUGGCAUGGUCAAUGAGCAGACUAGCAGCAAAGAGGGAGUGGCUGUCAUCACCCUUCCUCUAGGGGGCAGUAUCAAACAGGGCAUCCGCUCACGCUGGAUUCUGCUUCGGUCCGUGGACCUCCUGUCCUCCGUGGACGGCACACCGUCUCUGCCAGUCUCCUUGUCCUGGGUGAGGGACGGCAUCCUGGUGGUGGGCAUGGACUGUGAAAUGCACGUGUAUGCCCAGUGGCAUCAGGACAAGAAGCUUGGUGAGGGAGAGGAGGGCAACCUCUCAUCCGCAGACAUCGCUGGAGGUCAAACCGCAGGUUCCUCCUCAGUCUUUGAAGGGAGAGCCAGGUCUAAGAGUGUCUUUGAAGGGAGUACUGCCGUGGAUGAGGCACUUCGUGCCCCAGCAGGACUUCAGGAAGGAGGACUGUUUGAGGCAGCUCACUCACUGUCCCCAACUCUACCCCAGUACCAUCCGACCCAGCUGCUGGAACUCAUGGACCUGGGCAAGGUUCGCCGUGCCAAGGCCAUCCUCGCUCACCUGGUGAAGUGCAUUGCCGGGGAAGUUGCUGUGGUGAGGGAUGUGGAGGCAGGUGAGGGCGGAGCCAGGAGACAUCUGUCCCGAACCAUCAGUGUGACUGGCAGCACAGCAAAAGACACCAUUGUGGCUGGCCGUGACGGCGGCAGGGACUACACAGAGAUCAACUCCAUCCCUCCAUUGCCCCUUUAUGCGCUCAUGUUAGCUGACCUAGACACCUCGUACAAGGGAGCAGAAGAGGCUGCCAAGGGAGCUAAGGUGGCCGACAGUGAAGGAACCCAGAAGUCCACAGAGGACCAGUAUGCUGACCUUUUCCAGGUGCCAACGGUCACCACAGAUGACUUCGUGAAUUUUGCCACCGACAAACCAGAGAAGAAGUCUCGAGUUAUCAACCUCUCUCAAUAUGGACCUACCUACUUUGGACCAGAGCAUGCUCAGGUAUUGUCCAGUCACCUGAUGCACUCCAGCCUGCCAGGGCUGACCAGGCUAGAGCAAAUGUUCUUGGUGGCCUUGGCUGAUACUGUUGCAACCACAAGUGCUGAGGUCACCAGCUCCACUGAUCAACAGUACACAGGCGGUGAAGCUCUCGAUGAGUGUGGGCUGAGGUACCUGCUGGCCAUGCGUCUUCAUACCUGCCUGCUCACCUCUCUGCCCCCCCUUUACCGCAUGCAGCUGCUGCACCAGGGCCUAUCAACAUGCCACUUUGCAUGGGCCUUCCACUCAGAAGCCGAAGAGGAGCUGCUGAACAUGAUACCAGCCAUGCAGAGAGGCGACCCACAGUGGUCUGAGCUCAGAGCCGUUGGAGUCGGUUGGUGGAUACGCAACAUCAACACCCUGCGGAAAAUGGUGGAAAAGUUAGGUAAAGCUGCGUUCCAGAGACACAACGACCCUUUAGAUGCUGCUCUGUUCUACUUGGCUAUGAAGAAGAAAGCUGUUCUGUGGGGGCUCUUCAGGUCUCAGCACGAUGAAAAGAUGACGCAGUUCUUCAAGAACAACUUCAGUGAAGACCGCUGGCGAAAAGCAGCUCUGAAAAAUGCUUUCUCACUGCUGGGAAAACAGCGCUUUGAACAGUCCGCUGCUUUCUUCCUGCUGGCUGGAUCACUCAAAGACGCCAUAGAGGUGUUGCUGGAAAAGAUGGAGGAUCUCCAGUUAGCCAUGAUAGUAGCAAGGUUGUAUGAGGCUGACUUUGAGAAUUCAUCCACUUGCCAAGGCCUACUUUACGAGAAGGUGCUGGGCUGUAACAGGGACGGAAGCGGUUACCACUGCUCCAGGCUGCACCCCGACCCAUUCCUCCGCAGCAUAGCCUACUGGAUCCUGAAGGAUUACACCCGAGCCCUGGACACAUUGUUGGAACGAAUCCCCAAAGAGGAUGACGAUAACCCCGAUGUGAUGGUGAAAUCUUGCAACCCUGUGGUGUUUAGUUUCUAUAACUACCUGAGGACACACCCUUUGAUCAUCCGUCGCCACUUUGCGAACCCAGAGGGCACGGCAACAACUGUGGGCCUCACUGCUGAGAAGAGCAGCGCAGAUGAGAUCAACCUUAUAGAGCGCAAACUGUUCUUCACUACUGCCAAUGCACACUUCAAGGUGGGCUGCCCAGUUCUGGCUCUGGAGGUGCUAUCCAAGAUUCCCAAAGUUACCAAGAAAUCCGGCUCCUCCCCUCUCAGCAAAGCUUCAUCCAAGGCCAACUUAAACUCCACCCAACCCCUGGAAAAUGGCACCCAGGGAAGUGUGGACUGGGGCACCCCAGCAGCCCCUGCCUGGGGAGGAAAUGAUAGUGUUGGUGGGUUAGACUGGAGCCAGCCUUUGGUCAAGGUGGAGGACGAUGAGCUGAAGCUGGACUGGGAAGAUGACAAGGAGGAGGAUGAGGAUGAGGAUGAUGAUGAUGAUGGUCUAACUAUGAAGAAACCAGAGCCCGAGACCAAAGCAGACGGGGGAGGGACUGGUGGGGCCAAACUGCAGAGAGCGGACUCACAGGGUGAGUCAGAGGUAGAUGUGAUAGCAGAGCAGCUGAAGUUCCGUGCCUGUCUGAAAAUCCUGAUGACAGAGCUGCGUACACUGGCCACUGGCUUUGAGGUGGAUGGAGGGAAGCUCCGCUUUCAGCUCUACAAUUGGCUGGAGAAGGAAAUAGCAGGCAUGCAUACGAUCUGCAACUACAAGGUGGAGGGGAAGGAGGAAGAUUCAGAGGUGGAGCGCUGGGGAGAGCGUUCAGCUUCAGUGGACAUCUCGGAGGAAGCCCUGGAGCAGACGGAGGCCGGGGCGUAUGAGCGCCACCAGAUGGAGCGACGUCGUCUUCAGGCCAAGCAGCAGCACUCUGAGAGGCGCAAGGCGUGGCUGAGGAAGAACCAGGCCCUGCUGAGGGUGUUUCUGUCCUACUGCAGCCUUCAUGGAGCCAAGGGAGGCGGAGUCACCUCUGUACGCAUGGAGCUUCUGUUCCUUCUGCAGGAGAGCCAGCAGGAGACCACAGUGAAACAGCUGCAGUCUCCUCUGCCUCUGCCGACUACACUCCCUCUGCUAUCAGCUUGCAUCGCCCCCACCAAGACCGUUAUAGCAAAUCCCGUUCUUCACCUCAGCAACCACAUUCACGACAUCCUCCACACCAUCACCCUCAUGGAGGCCCCGCCGCAUCCUGACAGCACGGAUGAUCGGGUGAAUGCUCUACACACACUAGCAGCAUCUCUGUCUGCUUGCGUCUAUCAAGCACUGUGCGACAGCCACAGCUACAGCAGCCAGACAGAGGCCAACCAGUUUACAGGGAUGGUGUACCAGGGCCUGUUACUCAGUGAGAGGAAACGACUCCGUACAGAAAGCAUUGAAGAACAUAUAACUCCCAACUCCGCUCCUGCACAGUGGCCAGGUGUGUCGUCCCUGAUUUCUCUGUUGACGUCUGCCAGGGAGGAGGACCAGCCGAGGCUCAACGUGCUGCUGUGUGAAGCGGUCGUGGCUGUUUAUCUCGCACUGCUCAUUCAUGGCUUGGGCACCCACAGCAGCAAUGAACUCUUCCGUCUGGCUGCACACCCCCUCAACAACCGCAUGUGGGCAGCUGUCUUUGGAGGAGGAGCCAAAGUCAUUAUUAAGCCAAAGAGACCUGAGGCCCCGCCAGUGGCUCCCCCGCAGCCCCCAGCAGAGGACGUGGACCGAUACAGGCGUCGGUUCAACAUGAGGAUGCUUGUUCCCGGACGCCCCGUGAAGGAGACGCCAGCCAACCCACCUCCUGUGCCCACAGAAAGACCCGCCUACAGGGAGAAGUUCAUUCCCCCAGAGCUGAGCAUGUGGGACUACUUUGUGGCCAAACCCUUCCUGCCGCUGUCAGACAGCAAUGCUCUGUGUGACUCAGAUGAAAGCGGCGCAGAGGAUGAUGAAGAUGACGACGACGCCUUCCUUUCUGACACACAGAUAACGGAGCACUCUGACCCCAACUCCUACAGCUGGGCUCUGAUCCGCCUCGUCAUGGUGAAACUUGCUCAUCACAACGUCAAGAACUUCCUCCCUCUCACUGGCCUUGACUUCACAGACCUGCCAGUCAUCUCUCCUCUCAGCAACGCUGUGCUGAAGACUUUAGAGAACUGGGAGCAACUUCUGCUGGAGCGAAUGAACAAAUUCGACGGCCCGCCUCCCAACUACAUCAACACUUACCCUACUGACCUCAGCGCAGGAGGUGGCCCCGCCAUACUCCGGCACAAGGCCAUGCUGGAGCCAGACAACACACCCUUCAAGACAAAGAACCACCAGUCCUUCCCUGCCCGACGUCUUUGGCACUUCCUGGUCAAACAGGAAGUUCUUCAGGAGACUUUGAUCCGUUACAUCUUCACUAAGAAAAGGAAGCAGAGUGAGUCUGUAGAGAACCAUAUGGACCGUAUAAGCCCAAACUGCAUAGCAGGAGCUAGCAGUCCCUAUAAGGUGGAGGCAGAUCUGGGAUACCCAGGAGGCAAGGCUAAAAUCAUCCACAAGGAGUCUGAUAUAAUCAUGGCAUUUGCCAUCAAUAAGGCUAAUUCUAACGAGAUAGUGUUGGCCUCCACUCAUGACGUCCAGGAGGUCGACGUGUCUACUCUAGUGGCUGUCCAGCCCUACACUUGGAUAGGGGAGGACUUUGAUAAAGAGUCACGCAGCUCUGACGACAUAGACCAUCGCUCCUCUCACACCAACAUUGCCCAGGCUAGCUCUGUCCCUUUUGCACCACCACAGAUGCCGGUCUCUGCAUCCAUGCCGUGGCUCGGCAGCGGGCAGACCAGCAUGGGAGCCAGUGUGAUUAUGAAGAGGAAUCUAAAUAAUGUGAAGAGAAUGACAUCCCACCCCAUAUAUCAGUAUUACAUGACGGGGGCUCAGGACGGUAGUGUGAGAAUGUUUGAAUGGAACAGACCUCAGCAACUUAUUUGCUUCAGACAAGCAGGCAACGCUAGAGUCACCCGGCUCUAUUUCAACUCCCAGGGCAAUAAGUGUGGAGUCGCUGAUGGAGAGGGUUUCCUCAGUCUCUGGCAGGUCAACCAGACAUCCUCAAACCCCAAACCCUACCUGAGUUGGCAGUGCCACACUAAGACCUGCGGUGAUUUUGCCUUCAUCACAUCCUCCAGCCUCAUUGCCACAGCCGGACAGUCCAACGAUAACAGAAAUGUUUGCCUGUGGGAUACUCUGAUUUCACCUAGCAAUACCAUGGUCCAUGCGUUCCCCUGCCAUGAGAACGGGGCCACUGUGCUGCAAUAUGCUCCUAAACAGCAGCUGCUGAUCACUGGAGGCAGAAAGGGCUUCGUGUGCGUGUUUGACAUCCGCCAGAGGCAACUGCUCCACACUUUCCAGGCCCAUGACUCAGCCAUCAAGGCCCUCGCACUGGAUGCCUUUGAGGACUUCUUCGUCACUGGCUCUGCAGAGGGCAACAUGAAGGUGUGGAAGUUAGCCGGCCACGGGCUCAUGCACUCUUUUAGCAACGAGCAUGCCAAGCAGUCCAUCUUCCGCAACAUCGGCGCUGGCGUCAUGCAGGUGGAGACACGGCCCGGUAACCGCAUCUUCACCUGUGGAGCAGACGGCACUCUGAAGAUGAGGGUCCUCCCCGACCGCUACAAUAUCCCCAGCAGCUUGGUUGACGUCCUGUAACACCGACUUCCACUUCUGCAGGUCCAAAGAGGAAAAAGACAAAGAAAAAACACAAAAAGCUUAUGUAACACUCACUAGGCAUUAAUAGUAUAAUCGAUGGGGGAAGAGUUAGUCAAAAGAUCACCACGCUUUUGGCAUCUUUCUGGGUGUGCAGUGUUCAUGGGUUUACUGUUGAUGUAAAUCAUGUCCAGAAUGACAAACGGAGCUGCAAAUAUUUUUUUCCCAAAGGCUGAAAGCAAAGUUACAAGCAAAAGUUAUCAUACUUGAUUUUAAAGCUAGAUUUAUUGUAAUUUAUUGAAGAAUCUCUACUCUUAGAGUGUGUCCAUAGGGAAGCUAUGCAUGUCCUGUUCUCGUUACGCGGUGCAAUCACAGGUCUAUUGAUAGUGCUCUGUAAAAGUGCUCAAGCAAAAAUUUUAAAAGUGUGUAACUGUCGUCAUUUUGUGCCCACAGCUGAAAUCUCUUAGCAUCUACUGUAACCAGCACUGUGGUUUGUUAUUAAGUCAGUGGUUUCCAGUGUGAAUCGAGUUGUUGGAAUCUGCAUUUUGUUUCAAUGGUUUUGCCCCCUCCUGCCUUUUUGCCCGGCUUUUCUCAGCCCUUAUGGAAGAGUUAAUGGUGCAUUGCUCCUAUAGUGACACCCCACCCUUAACCCCACCCGGCCCCUAUUUCACUGGCUGCCCAUCGCUCGCUCUGGCCUCUCCCGGUUUGGGCUCAACCCGGCCUGGGUUGGUCGUGGAGCGCGUGUCCACUCUGCUGUGUCUGUCAUCUGUACGCCUGCCCGCUCACAUGCCCUCAAAUGCCUGUUUGUGUGGCGAACUCACUGCUAGAACAUUCCUGUUUGGAAGAUGAUGUGUUUUACUCCUGUGACUGUGAUUUAAAUGUUUCCAUCUGUCUGGUCCAAACCUAAAAACCCACCCACCAAGAGCAGAAACACAAAGGUUCACUUCUGGUUUUGCACAAGAUAUUCUUGAAUAAGUUUUUUUUUUUUUAAUUAUUAUUUUAUUAUUUAAAUUAUUUAUAUGUUUGUGUUUGUUUGGUUGGCCAUUCCUUUUUAAAACUAUUUAACUUAUUGCCUUUUAUUUUAGGAAUGUAAGGGGUUUUACUGUAUCUGACUGGGAGAUGUGCAACACAGUCUACUGUACGUAAGUGUGUGUUACCUCGCUAGUUGUUUUUACUGUUUCAUCCAUAAGGAAUAGAUAUUUGCACUCAAAUUCUGGAGACACUAAAAGUUUAUUUCAAAUAAAUAGGUUAUUGAAGAAGAAACUGUUAUAUACAAAUGAAUGUCUGGCUUUAUUUGGCCUAGUAGUAAAACGUUUGAAAUAGUUUUAAUAUAUAAAUUAUAUAAAUAUAUAUAUGAAAUACCACAACAGCUUGUACAAACAUGAAAGCAUUUCUUUAUUUUUGGUUUGUAUCAUACCAGCUGGAUUAGUUGUAACUUUUGUUAAGUGUAUGUAUGGUAUUUAUUAAAGAGAUUUGUGUUUCUCUCCCUCUUUCUGCCCACUAUGUGUACUGUAUGUAUCUUGUGUGUUUUACCAAUGGUCCUACUGGUGUCUGGUGUGCGUGUUUGUGUGUGUGUGCAUGUAAUAAUGCAAAAGAAGCCAAUAUCAUGGGUAGACACUCACUGGGGCACUUGAGCCUGAAGGUAUGUGAGAGAACAGGUCAUGGUCAGAGUUUUACCUUUGUAAAGUGAAUAAAUUCUUUUUAUUUCAUCAGG